AUGAUAAAAUACACUGGUGGUGGAAAAUGUCAGCAAGACUUGAUAGAAGGACAUGAUCUUAUGUCCAAGUUCGAAUUUAUGAGAUCCGUGAGGACCUCCCGUGUGCAACUUAAUGAGGAAUGUAGGAUUUUGGGUGUUUGGGUGUUUGAUUUGAUUCGGGAAGUGGCUGUGAAUGAGUACUUGAAGGCAGGGCAGAUGAUCAAGAAGGUGAUUAUGUUCACCAACUUUCUAGAACGUCCUGAUAGCCGCAUCUGGGGCAUUCAGUAUGACGCACUACGGAGCAAUUUUGAGGCAAUCCGCAACAAGUUUAGGGACAAAGGAUACGGGGAUGAUGUGGUGCCACACAUUCUGUAUUUCAACGAGCACCAAGAUCCCUGGAUUUGUACACAACAUCCAGGCUUCACCAUCUCAUGGAAGCAGCCAUCACUCAAGAUUAUCAAACUCUCGAGAACCAAAGGCUCGUCUCGCCUCAAAAUUCAAAGGAAACCAUUGGGACCUGCAACUUCUUUUACAGAAGUACAAUCGACAACGUACUGCUUGGCAGCAGAUAGCAUCUUAUUCAAAUCAAGCCCCCCCUUUUAUGAAACAACUACUGCCAUAACACGAGACGCGCUACCACAAAUGUUCUAA